AUGUGAAGUGAAUUGCUGUUGCGCACUGAGCAAACUUUGCAGCAAACGCAAGUGAGCGCGGUAAGAGCAGGGGUACAGUGACCAAUGUCCCUGAAGAAAAUAUUAUACAGUCAUUUAACAUGACUUCGGUUUGGAAGAGACUUCAGCGUGUUGGAAAGAAAGCCGCGAAGUUCCAGUUUGCGGCGACUUUUCAAGAACUGACAAUAGAAUGCAAGAAAAAAUGGCAACCAGACAAACUGAAAGUGGUAUGGACCAGAAGAAACAGAAGACACUGCACCAAGCUACAUGGUUGGCAGCCAGGUAUCAUGAACCCCUACAGGGGUACAGUGGUGUGGCAGGUCCCCGAAAACCUAGACAUCACUGUCACUCUCUUCAAGGAUCCGACGGCGGACGAAUUUGAAGACAAGGACUGGACGUUCGUCAUUGAGAAUGAGACUAACAAGGGCCACAGAAAGGUGCUGGCAUCAGUGGACGUCAACAUGAAGAAGUUUGCUAGUGCCACCUCCGCCCAAUAUGACCUGACGCUGAAGCUCAAGCCACUGUCGGUGAAGGUGGUGGAGGCCACACUCAAACUGACCUUGACCUGUGUCUUCCUCAAAGAGGGCAAGGCCACGGACGAGGACAUGCAGAGUCUGGCCAGUCUGAUGAGCCUGAAGCCGAGUGACGUCGGCAACCUGGACGACUUCAACGACAGUGACGACGAGGACGGGGAGAGAAGAGCCGCGAUGGGAGCCGGAAGGGGGCCCGCCACUCCUGUCACAGCUCCCACUCGAAGAAUUCGUGAUCAGGCGUGGAGGCCUGUGAUUGAACCGGAGCCCGCAGCUGCCAGUGAGGUGGUUUGGGGUAGCACGGCGUCUAAUGUCUCACUCUUGCCGCGCCCCCCUCUGCCCGUGCCCCUUGGCCCCAUUGCCUCACACCCCGCCCCUAAUCUCCACCCCCGACUCCCCUCUGGCACUGCGGGCACAGCCCACCCGGCGCGGCCCUCCCCCUAUGCUUACCAGGUGCCAGCCUUUGUCCGCGCUCAUCCACCUGCACUGCCCAAAAUCUUCCAGCCCGCCACUGGCUCAGUGCCCAUAUCUGUGGCCCAGAAGCCCCGUGUCCCCGCGUCUCUGGUCCCCGCCGGUCUUGCUGAGGGCCAAAUGGCCCCGGGCCCCCCCACCUUCUCUCCAUCAAGACCCCUCUCAGGGUCGUUCACCGGGCCUUCCUCAUCCUACACCCCGCCUGUCUCCUCCUCACCUUCCGCCCCGUCUGUCCUUCCUCCUCCGUCAUUCUCUGAUAUCCCGCAGUCAGCCACCUAUGCCGCUGCGCGCACAAGUGCCUGGAGACCCCAGAGCGUCCCCUCCUUCACCACCCUGUUCUCCUUUGCCUCCACCAAUCCCGCUUUCGGCACCUCUCCUCCUGCCUCCCAGCCCCUCCCUGUCCCACGUCGGCCCAAAUCAUACAUCAACUCGCUGGGAGAGCUGGGCUCAAGCCUGACCAGGCCCAGCAGCCUGCCCUCGGCCCCUGAGACAGUACCCUGGCAGAGUGAAUGGAGGCCACUCAAACCCCAGACCUGCCCUCCCAUGCCUGCCGACUCCCCCCUAUCACUGGGCCCGUCUCCUCCUGUCCCAGCGGAGCGUGUUCCUCUGGUGCUGACAAAGCAGAACAUGGAGUCGCCAUGUAAUAAAGCUUUCUCUCAGCCUGGUCGAUUCGAGUCUUUGGCCGUUAAUCCCCACUGUCCCGAGUUGCAGUCUCCACUCCCCUCACCUCCUUCUUUCCCUGUGCUACCCUCAUCCCUGGUAACUGCCUCUCAUUCCUCAUCUAACCUAACAGAAGCAACUUACUGCACUCUUUUGUCCUCACCUGCCCCUCUUGUAAGCCCGUCUGGCACUGACGCUCCCAUCCUCACUGCUGCUUCAGCACCUGACCCUAAACCUUCCCCAUCCUCUAGCCCUUGUCCUGAAUCAUUCACAUCCACUACCCCGGGUCAAGAACCUUCCACAUCCACUACCCCUGGUAAUCCACCAUUCACCUCCUCUACCCCUGGUACUGAACCUCCCACAUCCUCUACACCUAGUCCUGAACCAUUCACAUCCUCUACCCCUUGUCAUGAAACUUCCACAUAUUGUACUACCACUGUUCAAAAACCUUCCACAUCCUCUACUCCUGGUCAUGAACCAUUCACAUCUUCUACCCCUUGUCCUGAACCAUUCACAUCCUCUACCCUUGGUCGUGAACCUUCCACAUUAUCUACCCCUGGUCCUGAAUUUUCCGCAUUCUCUACCCCUGGUAUUGAACCUCCCACAUCCUCUACACCUAGUCCUGAACCAUUCACUUCCUCUACCCCUGGUCAUGAAACUUCCACAUAUUGUACCACCACUGGUCAAGAACCGUCCACAUCCUCUACUCCUGGUCAUGAACCAUUCACAUCCUCUGCCCCUGGUCCUGAACCUUCCACAUUAUCUACACCUUGUCCUGAACCAUUCACAUCCUCUACCCCUGGUCAUGAAACUUCCACAUAUUGUACUACCACUGGUCAAGAACCUUCCACAUCCUCUACUCCUGGUCAUGAACCAUUCACAUCCUCUACCCCUGGUAUUGAACCUCCCACAUCCUCUACACCUAGUCCUGAACCAUUCACAUCCUCUACCCCUGGUCAUGAAACUUCCACAUAUUGUACUACCACUGGUCAAGAACCGUCCACAUCCUCUACUCCUGGUCAUGAACCAUUCACAUCCUCUACCCCUGGUAUUGAACCUCCCACAUCCUCUACACCUAGUCCUGAACCAUUCACAUCCUCUACCCCUGGUCAUGAAACUUCCACAUAUUGUACCACCACUGGUCAAGAACCGUCCACAUCCUCUACUCCUGGUCAUGAACCAUUCACAUCCUCUGCCCCUGGUCCUGAACCUUCCACAUUAUCUACACCUUGUCCUGAACCAUUCACAUCCUCUACCCGUGGUCAUGAAACUUCCACAUAUUGUACUACCACUGGUCAAGAACCUUCCACAUCCUCUACUCCUGGUCAUGAACCAUUCACAUCCUCUACCCCUGGUAUUGAACCUCCCACAUCCUCUACUCCUGGUCAUGAACCAUUCACAUCCUCUACCCCUGGUCAUGAAACUUCCACAGUAUCUACCCCUGGUCCUGAACCUUCCACAUCCUCUACCCCUGAUCCUGAACCUUCCACAUCCUCUACGCCUGAUCCUGAACCUUCCACAUCCUCUAUGCCUGAUCCUGCACCUUCCACAUCCUCUAUCCCUAGUCCUGAACCUUUCACAUCCUCUACCACUGGUCCUGAACUAUCCACAUCCUCUUCUCCUUACCAUAAAGUUUCUCAUUCCUCAAUCCCUGGUCUUGACCAUUGCACAUCUUAUAUUCCUGGUCCAAAACCUUCCACAUUUUCUGCUUCUGACCCUAAAGAUGCCCCAUCCUCUACCCCUGGUCUUGAACCUUCCUCAUCCUCUAUGCCUGAUCCUGAACCUGCCCCAUCCUCUACACCUGAUCCUGAACCUUCCACAAUUUCUGCCACUGAUCCUGAACCUUCCACAUCCUCUAUCCCUGGUCCUGAAUCUCCCACACCCUCUAUGCCUGAUCCUGAACCUGCCACAUCCUCUACACCUGAUCCUGAACCUUCCACAAUUUCUGCCACUGAUCCUGAACCUUCCACAUCUUCUAUCCCUGGGCCUGAACCUUCCACAUUCUCCAUGUCAGGACCUGAAUCUUGCACAUCCUCUACCUCUGGUUCAAAACCUUUUCUAUCCUUUACCCAUGGUCCUGAACCUCCCACAAGCUCCUCCCCUGGUCCUGAACCUUUCACAUCCCCUACCCUUGGUCCUAAACCUUCCACAUAUUUUACAAUUGAUCCUAAAGGUUCCCCAUCUAUCCCUGGUCCUGACCCUUCUACAUCCACUACCCUUGGUCCUAAACCUUCCAAAUCCUCUUCUCCUGGUCCUGAAACUUCCACGUCCUCCACCCUUGGUCUUUCCCCUGAUCCCACUGCUCCCACUCCUGGCCUUCCCACUACCAUUGCCCCUGGUCCAUCUGACGCAAUUGGUGCUUCUCCGUGUGCCGCAGAUCCUGCUUCUGCUGCUGGCUCUCAGUCAGUCCCCCCUGUUGCACCCCAGAUUGCAGAAUGGACGGACCAAGUAGUUCCCAUUGAGGUCCGCCCUAAAAUGAAGAGGCUGAUCUCCCCUCCUCCAGAGCUCCCCACCUCACCCUCUCCUCUUACCCCCUAUCCUGUUCCUACUCCUGUGCUCCCUGUUGAACACCCCUAUCAGAUACCAGUCUCCACUCCCCCCCUCUCAGCACCAAUCAAUGCUCCCUUCUCUGAGACAGAGUUGCAUCGACACUUAAGCACAUUGACAGAGGAGGAACCAACCACUGCCACAACUCCCACCCACACUAAUGGAAUGAUCAGUAUUGCCAGUCAGAGGCCAGCAGUCCAGGCGGCUUCAGGCCAGCAGGGGGCAGCAGAGGCACCAACUAUGCCAAAAUUAAGACCUGCAAACUCUCAGGAAAUGGAAAAAGACUGUGCUGCUUCCCCAGAAGAUCUUGCGGCAAGUCAGGGGCUCGUCACAUCCAGCCAGUCCCUACUGGAAUGGUGUCAGGAGGCCACCAAGGGUCACAAGGGAGUGAAGAUCACCAACUUCAGCACAUCGUGGAGGAAUGGCCUGGCCUUCUGCGCCCUGCUGCACCACUUUCACCCGGGGAAAAUACAUUUUGAAAUGUUGGACCCUUAUGACAUCAAGGGCAACAACAAAAAGGCCUUCGACGCUUUCGCCGAGCUGGGCAUCUCCCGGCUGAUGGAGCCCUCGGACAUGGUUCUGCUGCCCGUGCCCGACCGCCUCAUCGUCAUGACGUACCUCAACCAGAUCCGCACUUCCUUCCUGGGCCAAGAGCUGAGCGUGCUGCACAUCGAGGCGGACAGCAGCGAGUCGAGCUACGGCGUUGCUUGCCAGAUCCAAGACGAGGCCCUGACAACGGAGACCAACGGGGACGCCGGGGCGCAGGCGGCUGCUGACACGAAGGGCGGUACAAAUGGGGUCGCGGUCCCGCCCCCCAGGACCAAGCGGUUACUGGCUGGGGGGGCAGCGGGAGGGGCACAGGUCCCCGUCGCGCCACCCAGGACACACUGUUCGUCAGCCAAGUCCGGGUUCUCCCAUCUGAAGGAUGCAGAUCUGGUUAAGAAGCGCCGGUCCCAACGCAGGUCAAUAGACGAGACAGACCCAGCAGAGGCUGCUGUAGGUCAGGAAGAGGUUGGAGCUGCGAGAACCAAAUCCGAACCAGAGGGGGCAACUGGUGAAGAAGGCCGUUCAGCUGAAGAGUUCCAGGACACAAGCCAGUACGUGCUGAGUGAGAUGCAGGCCCUGGUGGCAGAGCAGAAGCACAUUGACAGCCGAGCAGACACUGUGGAAAGAAGACUACGGCGACUGAUGGAGUCAGGUAGUGACAAGUUGCAGGAGGAGAAGUUGAUUCAGGAGUGGUUCACACUGGUCAACAAGAAGAACGCCCUAAUCAGAAGACAAGACCAGCUACAGCUACUGCAAGAAGAGCAGGACCUGGAAACAAGGUUUCAGAUGUUAAACCGAGAACUGAGAGAUAUGAUGGCUAUUGAAGAGUGGCAGAAAACGGCCGCCCAUAAACACAGAGAGCAGCUGCUUCUACAGGAGCUGGUGUCCCUGGUCAACCUGAGAGACGAGCUGGUCCACAACAUGGACGCCAAGGAGAGAGGGGCUCUGGAGGAGGACGAGAGGCUGGAGAGAGGCCUGGAGCAGAGGCGCAGGAAGUACAGCAAGAAGGUGAAGCAAGAGAAGUGUCUGAUGCAGUGACGCGUGGCAGCGCUGUACAGAGGGAUUGAGAACUAUGCUACGCCGGCCGGACCAAGAUGGCGGCGAAAGAUGCUCGGUGCAAUCUAGCCAGCAUUUGACGUCAGCGGCCCCACUCGGUUGGAAUUGAGUGAUUAUUCAAUGUGGAUGUGCAGUGUGCAAGAUAUGACUGUAUGGCGUUGUUUUAUGUUUAAGCCCCAAAGACAUACAUCUGUUACUAACUUAUUACCAGUCUGUUGCCUUACAUGUGUCAGGAGGGAAUAAUGGACGAGGUGUUUUUUCACUGAAGGGAUAUUUUUUAGUGGGAGGUUGCCAGUUCGUAUGAAUGCCAAAGUCCGGACGUACGCCAAUGUAGCAGGUGGACCUAAUGCCUUUACCAACAUGAAACUGGCUGGCGUCGUUUUUGAGUCCAACUGACUGGCUGUAAUUACAGUGUACCACAGGGAAUGCCAGAUGGAGCUUCCUUUUUUCCUGCAAGUUGUUUGUUUGGACUGUGCAGACGGUACGCGGCAAACAUUGAUUGACGGGAUCCGCGUCAGUUGUACGCGGAUGAAGAGAAAACAACCAAAACGGACUGUUGGGAUUGUUAAGCGUUUACCUGCAGCGCCCCAAAAUGUACCUGCAAUGGGAGAACUCGCCUGAAAGGGAAACCAAUGGGAGUUUACGCUUUAGCCAUGGAAUAAACCAGUUCAAUUAUGACAUAGAAAGAUAAAAACAUUUUAAGGAAGUUUUAACUUAACAAAAUAAUUUAUGGUUUUAUUUAUUGAAUUGCAGAUAUUCUUACAUAUCCUGGCUGUCAAAUGUGCCUUUAACCGGAUGCGUUGUUUUAGAAUUUUAAAGCUUUGCAUGUUUCAUUUUUGGUUCGAUGUAUUUAUUUUAGCAGGGAGCUCAGCUAAGAACAUAUUCAUAUUUGUGAUGAUGGCUUGGCAAACGUAUGCAUUGAGGUCAGUUAUUGUUUGUGACUAACUUUAGUUAUUUCUGGUUUUCCAUAAUUUGGGUUCGGUUGUUCUAUGAGUUGAAGAUAUUGAUGAAAAUCUCCGGAGUCAAAAAAAAGGAAAAAUUUUAAGAUAAUUGAAAUAGCAAGAGAACAGGAAUAUUCAAAUAAACUAUGUUGGAGUGUUUUAAUUUGUAGCUGAAUUAUAAUUUUCUUUUACAGGUAGUAAUUACAGGUAGUUAUUAUUGAACGUCAUAUAUGCAUUAAAAGAAUAAACCAGACAUGCCAAAAAAGAAACAGCUUUUACUAAAAGAUUAGCAUAAAUAAUUCAUGCACUUCCUAGAUGAAUGACACGAUGCCAAGAGAGGUUGAUAUUUUAUUAUAUCCUUGUCCUAUACAAUGCAUUGUGAUUCUCUUAGAUGAAAAAAAGAGGCUUCUGUAUUGAGUUAUUUUGGGGGGUCCUUUGAGAGUGAAUGGUUUUCUAGAAUUACUUUGAAGUUGUGAUUCUGCUUGUCCCUUCCGAACGGCCCCACUGUUGUGAGUUACUGAGGUAAUGUUUACUAUUCCCUGUGUGAGUUUGAGAGAUUUUCAUGUGGUUUUCUGAAAUUGCUUUUUGGGGACAUUUUGUUUGUUUUAAUAUUAAAUACAUCUGCACUAUUUGUAACAGUUGGAGAAUAAAAGCUAUCACCUUGCAUCUAACAUGCAUACACCUUG